UGUAGCCCUCAUUCGUGGCUUUGUAUUACUGUAAUUUCCUUCUGUGAUUACCUUUACAGGCAAAACAGUGUUGUUAUUUUUUAACUAAAACUCAAACUUCUAAAUAUAAUUUCAGAUAACUGAAAAAAGCUGAAAUAAAAAUGUAAAUAUAGGAAACAAUGAACGUAAAAUGUAAAUAGUAAAACGCUGAAGAACUACAAUUAAAAAAACUAAAUAUGAAAUAAAAAUUCAAAAUAGCUGUAAUAAAAAUUCAAAAUAGCUGCAAUAAAUGCUACAACAGUUUAUAAUUACUAUUCAAAUAACACCAAGGCAAAUGAAUCAGGGUCAGCGCCGAUCCUGUUUUUAUAAAAAGGUAUUUGUCGCCAUCUAACGGUGUGAUGCUCUAACAACAGCGGAAAAUUAGGUUAAACUGUAGUGACGUCAGACGCAGAAGAGCGUCGCUGUAUUUUCCUCAUCGAUCGCAGGUGUCUACCGGCCAUCUGGAAGGAGUUACAGUACGUACUUAGAUAUUGACCAGGCUGGAAAAUUGGCAAGGACCAGCAACCACUCCAGAAUGACAUUGGGAGCUGUUGCCUCUGUGAUCCUCGCCAUAGGAGGAGCCGCAGUGUUUUCUGCUCUUCAUAAGAUUGAAGAAGGACAUGUGGGUGUUUACUACAGAGGUGGAGCUCUGCUGACCAUCACCAGUGGUCCUGGCUUUCAUCUGAUGCUGCCGUUCAUUACUUCAUUCAAGUCCGUACAGACAACCCUACAAACAGAUGAAGUAAAGAAUGUUCCAUGCGGCACAAGUGGAGGUGUGAUGAUCUACUUUGAUCGCAUUGAGGUGGUAAACUAUCUUGUUCCCUCAGCAGUUUAUGGCAUUGUGAGAAACUUCACUGCCGACUACGACAAGGCUCUGCUUUUCAACAAGGUACACCAUGAGCUGAAUCAGUUCUGUAGUGUGCACACACUUCAGGAGGUCUACAUAGGUCUAUUCGAUCAAAUAGAUGAGAAUCUUAAGCUCACGCUGCAGCAGGAUCUCACCAGCAUGGCCCCCGGACUCAUCAUUCAGGCGGUCCGUGUCACCAAGCCAAACAUUCCAGAAAGCAUUCGCAGGAACUAUGAACUAAUGGAGAGUGAGAGAACGAAGUUACUGAUUGCAGCUCAGACUCAGAAGGUUGUAGAGAAAGAAGCAGAGACCGAGAGGAAAAAGGCUGUCAUUGAGGCAGAGAAGGUGGCUCAGGUAGCUGAAAUAAAAUUUGGACAGAAAGUUAUGGAAAAAGAAACAGAGAAAAAGAUCUCAGAAAUUGAAGACAGCGCUUUCCUUGCUAGGCAGAAAGCAAAAGCAGAUGCAGAGUUUUACACCGCACAGAGAGCAGCAGAGGCCAACAAGCUGAAGCUGACCCCUGAAUAUCUCCAGCUGAUGAAAUUUAAGGCAAUAGCAGCUAAUAGUAAGAUGUACUUUGGAAGUGAGAUCCCUCAUAUGUUCAUGGACUUGGGACCGAGAAGCUCCUCCUCAGCUGCCUCCAAAGCUAUAGACGCCCUCUCAGAGGGCAUACUGGACCUGGAAUGAUGAGAGAAGUUGUGUUGUAGCACUGAGGAUAAAUUAACAGGUAGUAAAAGAGACGAAUGGCAAGUCA